CGAAGCAUUAGGCGGAGCUUGCUCAGAUAGAUCGCGGAGUGACCUCACUGAGACCUUUGCCAGUCAUUUUGUAUUGGCACCGACACCGGCGGUGUAUGAGUGUCACAAGGGCAUUAUUAACUCAGGAGCCUCACUCGGACAUCAUGGGCAUGGGAGAGGCACGUCCGCUGCUCGCGCGCUCCGUGGGCUCAUCCGCUGGCUCGACGACCAGCUCCAGACGCGUGCGUAUCAACCGCUGGCAGAGUCUCAACGCGCCGCAGUCCUACGAGACUAUCUACAAUACCCUGUUCAACUAUGCGCCAGCCAGCGUCGUGGCGUUCGGCGGACUCGCGCUGCUCAUCGGCGUGCUCGUGCUGAUCCACACGCAACACCUCGUCACCACGGCAGACCUCCCGCGCAGCUCAUUGGGCACAAUCAAACCCAUUGCAACGCCCGUGGCGCCUCAGAUCCGCGCAGAUGCCACUAAUUGCUCGGAACUCUGGAUCGAGCAGCGCAUCGACCACUUCUCGUGGCUCCCAGCGGAGGCAGUGGAUAAUGCUGAUCCCAACGCCCCGCCUAGUGGUCUACCAGCAACCUACAAGCAGCGAUACUUGCUAAAUACACAGUUCUGGGACCCGAAGGACAAGAAAGCACCCGUGUUUUUCUACACGGGCAACGAAGGCGACGUGACGCUGUAUGCCAACCACACUGGACUCAUCUGGGAGAACGCACAGGCUUUCAAAGCUCUUGUUGUGUUUGCUGAGCACCGCUAUUAUGGCAAAAGCUUCCCGUUCGGGGACAAAUACAUGGACCAUCUGGGCUAUCUUAGUCAUGACCAAGCACUCGCCGACUACACGGAACUUAUUUAUCAUCUACAGAAGAAGCACGACGCCUUCAAUCACCCAGUCAUCGCAUUCGGUGGGAGCUAUGGAGGUAUGCUCUCAGCUUGGUUCCGCAUGAAAUAUCCAGGCAUUAUCGCGGGUGCUAUCGCCGCGUCGGCUCCAAUCUACGGCUUCGGUGGUUUCCCUGCUUUCGACGGCCAGAAGUACUGGCAAGUGGUGACCAGAGAUGCAUCUCCAGCUGCAGGAUCAGCGAAGAAUUGUGUGCUAAACGCCCAGAAAUCGUGGCCACAAAUAUUUGAACUUGCCAAGACGGAGAGUGGACGCUCCACGUUGUCUUCAGUUUUCAGACUAUGUGAGCCGUUGACAAAAGAGGAACAGGGCGAGGACUUGGCCAUGUCGGUAUUGUUUGCCUUCGACACAUUGGCAAUGGGCGAUUUUCCGUAUCCGUCCAGCUACCUUACAGGAGGUGCAGUGGAGCUUCCUGCAUGGCCUGUACGCGAAGCCUGCUCAUAUUUGGCUGGCGACUUCUCAACGUCAACUUUCAGACAGGAAGGUGUGGAUACGACGCUGUUGGAGGCACUUCGAGAUGCCGCCAACGUGUUCCACAACGCGACUGGGGACUUGACCUGCUUUAAGAUUCCUACUUUGUGGGACUAUGACGGUAUCUGGGACUACCAAUACUGCACUGAGAUGCUACCACAGGAGACGUACUUCACCACGAACGGCAAGACGGACAUGUUCUGGUCGCGUAACACCACGUUUGAGGAGAUCCGAGCGCAUUGCCAACGCGACUGGCACACGACACCCGACCCGGAUGGGAUCCGCGUGAGCUAUGGCGACGAUAUGCUGCGAUCAGCGUCCAACAUCGUCUUCAGUAAUGGACUGCUGGAUCCGUGGAGCAGUGCCGGUGUCCUACACGCCCCCAAGGACUCAAAGGUGACGAUCGUUGAAAUUGCCGAGGGCGCUCACCACCUGGAUCUGUUUUUCAGCCACCCAAAGGACCCACCGUCGGUCAUAUCCGCGCGCAAGACUGAGAUUAAAAUGAUCCACGAGUGGAUCGACGAGUUCGAAGCGUACACGUGAGGCAAGUGAGGCUUGUAUUAUGCAUGUGGCGGCAAGUAGGUCGUUUGUAAAAAGUUGAAGUUUCAAGGAAGAAAACACUUUUUCUUAGUUUGCGAGUAUUAGAACAUUUUGAGAAAAGCGCUUUUCCGCUCAGCUUUUCCUUUUUUGAAUGACUUAUUUUGUUGGAUCAACACGU